CGUGACAUCCUCCACCCUUGGAUUAUAAAAGAUCUGACGGUAGAUAUGCACCCUAUGAACGCAGAAGGAUAGGGCAGACUUUGGAGCCCGAUCAGCGUCACUGCGGCUCCUCCAGAAUUACCCUUCAAAUCUUUUGAUUUAAGAAGAUGAUGAUAGCACGAGAUGGCUGAGACAUCCGAUCGGCAUAGAUUUUGAGCUUCAUCCUUCUGGGUUUCUGGGUUCUGAGUUUGUGAAGUAGUGCUUUAAUGGUUGCAUUAUUGAAAAGUACGAACCUGAAGAAUCUUGGUUAUUUAGGUAACUGGAUAUGAUUUUAAAUGGAAGUGUCAUGACCUCUGGGCGUGCUUUGAUGGAUUCCAGGGCAUGUAAGCCUGUUACUAGUCACCAGGUUUUUGCAUGCUUUCCUCAUUUGCCUGCCAGGACUGCUUCUUUAAGCAUCAGGAGUUCAUGGAGACCUUGUCAGGAGCUGAAAUCCUGGUCUUUUGGAGGAAUGCCACUUUCACACCUCUCUGCUGCAUCAACCCCACUUUUAAGUGGGGAUCAAGGUGGCCUGUCACACACACUCCCCAUGCUACCGAGACGGCCAAGAUCUCCAACUCCCCUUAGAGCUUCCAAGGAUGUUCCAUACAGCUUCCGCUACCCUCCAAUGACCAAAAAACCACAAUGGUGGUGGAGGACUUUAGCAUGCCUCCCCUAUUUAAUGCCCCUUCAUGAGACAUGGAUGUAUGCUGAAACAGCCUAUCAUCUACACCCUUUCUUGGAAGACUUUGAAUUCGUGACAUACCCUUUUCUUGAAUUCAUUGGGAGGUUGCCCAGCUGGUCCUUGAUGGCAUACUUCUUUAUUGCAUAUCUUGGGGUGGUAAGGAAAAAGGAAUGGCCUCACUUCUUCAGGUUCCAUGUAGUGAUGGGCAUGUUACUGGAGAUUGCUUUGCAGGUGAUAGGCACCAUUAGUCGGUGGAUGCCUCUGGCAGUUUACUGGGGAAAAGUGGGGAUGCACUUUUGGACUGCAGUGGCAUUCGGAUACCUCUUUACUGUUCUCGAGUGCAUAAGGUGUGCUCUUGCUGGUAUGUACGCUGACAUACCUUUUGUCUGUGAUGCUGCAUAUAUCCAAAUACCAUAUGAUUAAGGAAGGUUAAGCACAUGAGGAAAAAAGUUGUUUCCUUUUUGUAUGGAGAAUUUUUUGAACAGAAAUGAAUGGUUUUAAGUUGAGACCGGAGGGUGUAAAUGUUUCCUUUGGACUGGAUUGGUUUUACCAGAUUUAAAUCUGGCUUAAAUGUUGGUUUCUGAAGUCCAUUGCUUAACUGGAUGAUCCGGGCAACCAAUUGCAUUCUGAUAUGCUCUGCAGGAUGCUGCUGUACUUCUCCCUGAGCGUCCUUUUUGCCCGGGAUUGAUUUCAAAUAUACCCAGUGUUUUAAUCAAAUUGCAUUCAGUUA